GUCCAUGUUAACAAGUUGUGCGUCUGUGAUUAUCGCAUCAAUCGUAUCGUAUCGGUCAGUCAGCUGGCGUUAUUGCUGACGGACAAAGUUAAGAUGUCGGAAAACCCAAAAACAAGCCGCAGCGGUCCUAGCUGCCUGCAUUGCAGCGCAUUCGGUGCCAAAUUGAAGUACCAGGAGAUAUUUGAUGAAUUUGGCCUGGAACUGGGACUCAAAGAGCUGCUGGCGAAGCACUUCAGCUUAGAUGUGACACCCAACGCAAAGCAGCAACAGCUUCUUUGCGAUGAGUGCGUGAAUGUUCUGAUCCGAUUGUUUGACAUUGACGAGCUACAGAAAGAACAGGAUGCUGCGAUUGCCAGACGAAAGAGCGCUGUCCAGGAUGCUCCUGCCCCAAAGAGCGCACCCAAGACGCCUCCAAAUGCUGCAAGGAUUGCUUCCAAGACGGCUCCAAACGCUGCAACGAGUGGAUCCCACACGCCUCCAAAUACUGCACAGCCUGUCAAGCCUACGGCUAAGAAGGCCGUACUGCCGGAGCCCCAAACUAAAGUGGAAAAGCCUGUGCCGGUGAUACAGCCGGACCCGAAACCCAGCCGACGUAUAAUUAAAAAUGUAUCCGUGCCACUGCCAUCUGCGGCCUCUGUAGCAGACGAAGUUGAUAAAGUCAAGGCACCAUCCAAGACUAAGCAUGCUCCGAAGGAGGCAGACCAGGAGCAGAUUAGUGCCCUCAUUCUCAAUAUUCUAAACGAGGACGAGCCGGGCGUGGUAGAUGAGUCAGAAACAGUUCUUCCCGACUCUUCCCAAACAACAAUUGCAGUGCCAGAGAAGGAAGCGGAGGCUGAGGCUGAAGCUGAGGUGACUGAAGAAGAAGAUCUAGAUGGAAUGAAUAUCAUAUACGAGCAUGAAGAUAUUUCAAUUGAAGAGGAGGUAAAUACCAAGCCAGACAUCCGUCCAUCCAGACUAAAAAGGCAGAAAACGGAGAGCCAGAGCGAGGCAGACAACGAGGAGAGCGAGGCCAGCAAUAUAGUCCUCUUUAACUUUGUCGAGAUCAAAGAAAAGGAUGACAUUGACGACUUAUACGAGUACUUAGCCACGGUGGUGAGGACCAGCUUUGAGAAGCUAAAGUUCAACUGGAAUACUGUCUGCCAACAUUGCACAUUAAAGUCCACUAGCUACGAGAACCUGCUGGAGCACAUGCUGAGGGUGCACAAGUCCCGGUCGGAUGUCUUUCGGUGCCCAAUCGAGGGCUGCAACUUGGAGCUAAAAGGACGCAAACUUCUGGCCAUGCAUUUGGUUGUUCUACAUGCGCCUGUGGCUGAUAUUGCCAUUUACGGCAGCUGUCCGGAAUGCAAGAUGACUUUCUCAAAUAUUUUACAAUACAAUAAACAUUCGUGUGCGCAUAUCAUCAAGAAAAAACGGGGCGUUCGCUUGUUUUGCGAAAUGUGCGCCCUGGAGUUUCCCUCCUGGAAGCGCUUCAAUUUUCACAAUCAAUUCCAUUUGGAGAAGCACCGACCGCGCGCUUGCUUUGUCUGUGGCUAUGAGAACACCAACAUCGACGAGCUCUUCCAGCAUUUGCAUUAUUCCCACGAGCCAGAGGGCACUCUCUUCUGUGAUCUUUGCGAUCGCACGUUCCGGGAUCCCGCUGUCUUCAUAGAGCACAACACGUCGCACGCGACUGUGGGCAACGCCACCUACACCUGCGGCGAAUGCCUGGCCACCUUCGAGACACGUGGUAAACUGAACAGCCACACAAGAUCAAUGCAUGGCAACGUCAUCAGCUGUGAGCUCUGCUCCCGCGAGUUUGCCUCUGAGGCCACGUACAACGUCCACAUGAAGUCGCAUUUGAUUAUCGAACGUUCCGUUCAUGUCUGCGGGAAUUGUGGCCAACUGAGCGAGAAUCAGGAGAAAAUGGACGCCCACUUCGGGAGCGAGGGCUCUGCCUGCUUUGGGGCGGAGAGGUACGUGGAGCUGCUACGCGAUGCCUAUGUCUGUGAAUACUGCACCACGUACUUUAAGCAGAAGUCAGACUUACAGUCCCAUCGCGAGACUGGUGUGCACGACAAUGGCGUUUUUUCGUGUCAGCCUUGCGGAAAGGAUUUUACCGACAUGAAAUUGUAUCGUCACCAUUGGCGCAACUAUCAACAACUGCGUGUAGAUGUUGCUCAUCGGAAGCUGGACAUUUGCACAUUCUUCAUGUGCGACCAGAAGGACUGCUCGGCGGCAUAUGCGAACUGGAACUCACUCUACACGCACAAGCGACGCACUCACGAUGAGUCUAAAGAGCGGCAGGAGAAAUCGGCCAAGCCGCUGCAGGAAUGGCAAUGCCAAUUCUGUCUUAAGCUAUGCCGAUCGAAAAUGUCCUUAUCCGUCCAUGUCGCCCGGAGCCACAAUAAUGACAAUGUGGUCUGUUCACUUUGCAACGCCUCGUACAAGAGCAAGGAUGCCCUGGAUAAACACUUUGCUUACUGGCACGAGCCCAUCGAGUGUCCGCAGUGCUUCAAGAUUGUCAAGAACAGGCGUAACUAUGACACCCACGUGAAUGUGGUGCACUCAAACAAAAAGCGCUACACCUGCAGUGUGUGCGAGAAAGGCUUCUACCACAAGAGCGAGAUGGAGGCUCACAAGAGGCUCCAUUCCCAGUCCUACAGUUGCGAGCAGUGCAGCUUCACCACCAGGAACAAAAAGUCACUGUCUGUUCAUACCCUGGGCCAGCACUUUAAGCGAUUCGCCUUCGACUGCAAGAUGUGCGACAAGCACUUUGGUCGACGCCAAGGACUGACCAACCACAUACAACGUGUGCACGCCUCCAAGCAUGUGUGCCGUAACUACAUUGACGACGGCUGCGGCCGUUCGUUUACCACCAGUUCCCAGCUGAACGUGCAUUUGCGCAAGGUGCACAACUCCACUUUAGUAGCCGACGAUGUGCUCGAGGAGGAGGCGUAUGCCAUCGCCAGGCCGCCGGCAGCGAAGAAACGUUGCUUUGGUAUUUUGAAAGAUAAAAAAGUUGAGUUCAUAGACGAUUCUGCUGUUGACAUGGACACGAUGAAAGACGUUGAUUAUAACGUUACAGAGGAGGAGGAGGAGGAAGUAGAGCAUGAGGAAGUAGAGCAUGAGGAAGAGGAGGAUAUGGAGCAGGAGGAUGAAGAAUGUGCGCUGGAAUUUGCCGAGGAUGAGGCAGAGGGGGAACCAAAGCCGAACCGUGGCUCAAACAGAAAACAUGGAAGAAAACUCCGUUCGGAUGAUUAGCCAUUUCUUUGCUAAA